AUGACAUCUGAGGAGGCUUUAUCACUGAUUUUUAACUGGGAUAGUGAUGUAGAGGAAGACAUUUCAGAAACAGAGGAUUUUUCAGAGACAGAGGACAAUGUUAUUGCUGAUCCAGAUUGUCAAUUUUCCUACGAUGACGAGGAUUCAGAGGACGAGUCUGCCGUUGUUCCUCCAACAGAUAAAAACCAAGGAAUGCAGCAAUCAUCAUCCACAGAGGGGACAUGGGUAUCUAAGGACGGUAAUAUAAAAUGGUCAACAUCACCACACCCAAGCCGAGGCAGACUAUCAUCUUCCAAUGUGAUCAAAAUGACUCCCGGUCCUACAAGAUUUGCUGUCACACGAGUUAAUGAGAUUCAAUCAGCAUUUCAGCUCUUCAUAUCCCCACCAAUAGAGAGGAUUAUACUGGAAAUGACCAACUUGGAGGGGAGACGUGUGUUUCAAGAGAAAUGGAAGCCACUGGAUCAGACUGACUUGCAUGCUUACAUUGGAGUUCUGUUAUUAGCUGGAGUGUACAGGUCAAAGGGAGAAGCCACUGCAAGUCUAUGGAAUGAAGAGAAUGGAAGGCCAAUAUUUCGUGCAACAAUGUCUCUGGAGACUUUCCACAUGAUAUCUUGUGUGAUCCGCUUUGACAACCGCGACACCAGAGCUGGUCGACGUGAAAGAGACAAACUAGCUGCGAUCAGAGAUGUGUGGGAUAAAUGGGUUGAAAAUGUACCUUUGUUGUACAAUCCUGGUCCCCAUGUUACUGUAGAUGAGCGCUUUGUUACAUUUAGGGGGCGCUGUCCUUUCCGACAGUACAUGCCCAACAAGCCCGCCAAGUAUGGCAUCAAAAUAUGGGCAGCCUGUGAUGCAAAAUCCAGCUAUGCAUGGAAUAUGCAAGUAUACACUGGAAAGUUACCUGGAGGAACAUCUGAGAAGAAUCAGGGGAUGCGUGUGGUGCUGGAAAUGAGUGAAGGGCUGCAAGGUCAUAACAUCACAUGUGACAAUUUCUUUACAUCCUACCGCCUUGGAGAUGAACUUCAGAAGAGAAAGCUGACCAUGUUGGGAACAGUCAGAAGAAAUAAGCCAGAACUUCCCACCAAAAUUCUGAAGAUGCAGGGCAGACCUCUGCUAUCCUCAAUAUUUGCUUUCACUGAGAAAGCAACAGUUGUUUCAUACUGCCCAAAGAGAAACAAGAAUGUUCUUGUAAUGAGUACAAUGCACACAGAUGCAUCUCUGAGCACAAGAGAAGACAUGAAGCCACAAAUGAUCCUGGAUUAUAACUCCACCAAAGGAGGAGUUGACAAUCUGGACAAAGUCACAGCAACAUACAGCUGCCAGCGCAAGACAGCCCGUUGGCCUUUGGUGAUUUUCUACAACAUUGUGGACGUGUCUGCUUACAAUGCCUAUGUCCUGUGGACUGCAAUCGACCAGAAAUGGAAUGCCGGCAAAUUGUACAGACAUCGGCUUUUCCUGGAAGAACUCGGCAAAGCACUUGUCACUCCCAAGAUCCAGACGCGAACCAGGCCAGCUCGAUCCCCAGCAGCUGUCAUUGAAAAGGUCAAACUCAGGUCACCCAACCCAACCUCACCCAACCAACAUCCAGUGGACACAGGUGGAAAGAAAAGGAAAAGAUGCCAGGUAUGUCCCUCCAAAGAGGACAGUAAAACAAGUACGGUACCUCUUGUGUGAAAUGCAAGAAUUACAUCUGCAGAAAGCACACAGUAACAUUCUGUCCAUCAUGUGGAGAGCAUUGAAAAUGUUGAAGAAAAUUUGGAGAACAUUGAAAAUGUUGAAGUUCGCUGGGAUGAAGUUAAAGUUGAAGUUAAAGUAUUUCUUAAAUAUAGUGUUGGAAUUAAAAAUGUAUUGUAUGCCACUUUUCUAAAUGUUUAUAUAACCUAAAAUAAAGUUGUUAUUGGUUUAACCUGUUUUCUUGACUGUUUUGAGUGCAUUUACACA